AUGAGCCAUUUAAAUUGUGGCUACGAAAGAACCCUUGACAUGUCGGUCGAUGGCUUUAUUUAUCAGGGAAACCAUGAACGUAGGGAGGAAGUUCAAGGUGAUGAAACGUCGUUAAGGCACCAGAACUUUACAGGAAAUGCGAAUAUUAUGGCGAUGAACUACCCUUUUCCCCCAGCAAUGAAUGGUGCCGAUUCGAAUUUUUUGUUGUCUGGUUACAACAAUGCAGGUCAGUUGCAGAACAGACCAGAUAAUGCCACCGCUGGCGCUGGUGGGUUAUAUGGUCCCAAUUCUAUGGCUAUGCCACGGGUAGUGGACUGGUCGGAUGCGUAUGUGAGAAACCAGGGAACAGGUACGCUCGGCGGGACCGGUGCUGAUGACAACUCGAGUUUCAGUGGUCCGAUAACAGCUUCCUCAGGGUUCACGUCAUCCAAAAACUAUGCAAAUAACACUUUGGACAGUAGUUUUGAUUGCUGUUUGGAUUCUUCUGCCAGCAAGAGUAACUCAAACGCUAAUUAUGCGGAUGGUUUGCAAGUCGGUGACGUUGGCACGAACAAUGAGUUGGUGAAGUCGCUUACGCUAAAGCUGCGGAUCAAGGAAACGCAGAAUGAGAGUUUGGAGAAUGAGAUUCAAAAACUGAGAGGCUCAUUCAAUGAGGCUUUGAAUUUCAAACAGUCCGAGUACAAACAAGAGAGACAAAAUUUGCAUAAGGACAAGACCUCGCUGGAAGCUCCCAAGAACGUGGAACAAGUCUUUCGAAGACUCUCUUCCACGUUACGCAGUAAGGAUGAUGAAUUAGCGGAAACAAAAAAUGCUUUAGAAAGCAUUCUUACAGCUUUGGCAUUGGAUCCCUCAAACUCAGUGACAAAGUAUGGCAGAUACGAUGCCGAGGCGCUCGCUCAUAAGAUGGUGACAAGGAUUGAGAUACUGACUAAGGAGAACCAAGAAAUGGCUAAAAUGCUAGCGUAUGGUAGAGCGAAGGAGAUGCAGAUCGAGCUGCAGCUCGCUCAGAUGAAGAACAAGGAGCUUAAUACGACUAUUUCUAAAUUGAAGGAACCAGAAAGCGCUCAAAAGGAAUAA